AUGGAGAAAACAUUUAUAGAUAAAGCUGCAGUUAUUGUCAAGGUUAGGUGGAGCUUUCUGAGGACCCGGGCAGCAGUGAGGGGGCGGGCAGCAGUGAGGACCCGGGCAGCAGUGAGGACCCGGGCAGCAGUGAGGGGGCGGGCAGCAGUGAGGACCCGGGCAGCAGUGAGGGGGCGGGCAGCAGUGAGGACCCGGGCAGCAGUGAGGGGGCGGGCAGCAGUGAGGACCCGGGCAGCAGUGAGGACCCGGGCAGCAGUGAGGGGGGCGGGCAGCAGUGAGGACCCGGGCAGCAGUGAGGGGGCGGGCAGCAGUGAGGACCCGGGCAGCAGUGAGGACCCGGGCAGCAGUGAGGACCCGGGCAGCAGUGAGGGGGCGGGCAGCAGUGAGGACCCGGGCAGCAGUGAGGACCCGGGCAGCAGUGAGGGGGCGGGCAGCAGUGAGGACCCGGGCAGCAGUGAGGGGGCGGGCAGCAGUGAGGACCCGGGCAGCAGUGAGGACCCGGGCAGCAGUGAGGGGGCGGGCAGCAGUGAGGACCCGGGCAGCAUGAGGGGGGCGGGCAGCAGUGAGGACCCGGGCAGCAGUGAGGGGGCGGGCAGCAGUGAGGACCCGGGCAGCAGUGAGGGGGCGGGCAGCAGUGAGGACCCGGGCAGCAGUGAGGACCCGGGCAGCAGUGAGGGGGCGGGCAGCAGUGAGGACCCGGGCAGCAGUGAGGGGGCGGGCAGCAGUGAGGACCCGGGCAGCAGUGAGGACCCGGGCAGCAGUGAGGACCCGGGCAGCAGUGAGGGGGCGGGCAGCAGUGAGGACCCGGGCAGCAGUGAGGACCCGGGCAGCAGUGAGGGGGCGGGCAGCAGUGAGGACCCGGGCAGCAGUGAGGGGGCGGGCAGCAGUGAGGACCCGGGCAGCAGUGAGGACCCGGGCAGCAGUGAGGGGGCGGGCAGCAGUGAGGACCCGGGCAGCAGUGAGGGGGCGGGCAGCAGUGAGGACCCGGGCAGCAGUGAGGACCCGGGCAGCAGUGAGGACCCGGGCAGCAGUGAGGGGGCGGGCAGCAGUGAGGACCCGGGCAGCAGUGAGGGGCGGGCAGCAGUGAGGACCCGGGCAGCAGUGAGGGGGCGGGCAGCAGUGAGGACCCGGGCAGCAGUGAGGACCCGGGCAGCAGUGAGGACCCGGGCAGCAGUGAGGGGGCGGGCAGCAGUGAGGACCCGGGCAGCAGUGAGGGGGCGGGCAGCAGUGAGGACCCGGGCAGCAGUUAGGGGGCAAAGGUUUUAA